UAAACUGAACGCAGCAUCCUUCGCAGCAUCAUCUGUUAAUAGAUCGCCAUCUCGAGCAGUCUGUCAACGCAAAUCAACAGCAGCAGCAGCAAUAACAACUAAAAAAAAACAUUAUUUUGGGAGGAACAUUUUGAAAAAGCGUUUAUCCACAAGUUAAAGUCUGAACCGAGAAAUUUGCCUGCUUAUCUCACCGGCUCGGAAAUAUCAAGCUCCUACUCGCUGUUUAAUCCUUGCAAUUAAAGACUGCAAGUGUUUGCGGCAUUUAAGGACCUUCCGUAGCCCUACCGCGCUUCUUUACCGCAAAUCACAAAAUCACUUGUUUGUUUUUGUGCCUCGGUUCCAGCGGGGUGUUUCAGGAUGACCGAGCCUGUCGCAGAGUGCAACAUCAAGGUGCUAUGUCGUUUUCGUCCUCUGAAUCAGGCCGAGAUCCUGCGAGGAGACAAAUUUCUUCCUACGUUUCAAGGAGACGACACGGUCACCAUCGGGGGGAAGUCCUAUGCAUUUGAUCGUGUGUUUCCCACCAACACCACCCAGGAGCAAGUCUACAACACCUGUGCUAAGCAAAUCGUUAAAGAUGUACUGGGUGGCUACAAUGGCACUAUCUUUGCCUAUGGACAGACGUCUUCUGGAAAGACCCACACCAUGGAGGGCAGCCUGCAUGACCCUCAGCAGAUGGGAAUCAUACCUCGUAUCGCUGAGGAUAUUUUCAACCAUAUUUUUUCCAUGGAUGAAAAUCUGGAGUUCCACAUUAAGGUGUCCUACUUUGAGAUCUAUAUGGAAAAGAUCCGUGAUCUUCUUGAUGUCACCAAGACCAACCUGUCUGUACAUGAGGACAAGAACCGUGUCCCCUAUGUUAAGGGCUGCACUGAACGUUUCGUCUCGAGCCCUGAGGAAGUGAUGGACGUGAUUGAUGAAGGAAAGUCUAACCGCCAUGUUGCGGUCACCAACAUGAACGAACAUAGCUCUCGCAGCCACAGCAUAUUCCUGAUCAACAUCAAGCAGGAGCAUGUGGAAACAGAGCAGAAACUCUGUGGAAAACUCUAUCUUGUGGACCUGGCUGGCAGCGAAAAGGUCAGUAAGACUGGUGCAGCUGGAGCUGUUUUAGAUGAGGCAAAAAACAUCAACAAGUCUCUGUCUGCCCUGGGCAAUGUCAUAUCUGCUCUUGCUGAGGGAACAAAGACUCACGUGCCAUACCGUGACAGCAAGAUGACAAGGAUCCUUCAGGACUCUCUGGGGGGUAACUGUAGGACCACCAUGUUUAUUUGCUGCUCUCCCUCAGGUUUCAAUGAAGCUGAGACCAAAUCAACUCUCAUGUUUGGACAACGUGCUAAGACAAUCAAGAACGCAGCCUCGAUAAAUCUGGAGCUGACAGCAGAGCAAUGGAAGAGAAAGUAUGAGAAGGAAAAGGAGAAGAAUAAGACUCUGAGAGACACUAUUCAGAGGCUGGAAGCUGAGCUGAAACGCUGGCGCAAUGGAGAGGAAGUGCCAGAGACGGAGCAGACUUCUGCCGACAUGACAAAACUGGAGAACACAGAUGAGUGUCUCGAUAAUGAGAAUGAGGUAGAAAGACAAAAGGAGAAAGAGAAAGAGAGGAACUUGGAUACCUCCUCCAUUGUGGUGCGUAUCUCAGAGGAGGAAAGGCAGAAGUACGAGGAGGAGAUCCGGAAGCUUUACCGCCAAAUGGAUGACAAGGAUGAUGAGAUCAAUCUGCAGUGUCAGUUGGUUGAGAAGCUUAAACAGCAAAUGCUGGCUCAAGAUGAGCUCCUGGCAUCAACACGCGGGGACAGUGAUAAAGUGCAGACUGAGCUUGGCCGGCUGCAUUCGGAGAGUGAGAGUGCAAAGGCUGAAGUGAGGGAAGUGCUGCAAGCACUUGAGGAGCUUGCUGUUAAUUAUGACCAGAAGAGCCAGGAGGUGGAGGAGAAGAGCCUUCACAACAAACAGUUGGCUGAGCAGCUCAGCCAAAAAAUGGCCAGUCUAAUGGAACUGGAAACAGAACUGGCUCAGAUGCAGGAGGUGAGCUCACAGCAGAGGAAGCGCAUUGCUGAUGUGUUGAAUGGCUUAAUGCGUGACCUUAGUGAAUUCAGCACCAUUGUAGGAAAUGGAGAAAUCAAGCUGCCAGUAGAAAUCAGCGGGGCUAUAGAGGAGGAAUUCACUGUGGCCAGGCUGUACAUCAGCAAGAUUAAAUCAGAGGUGAAAUCGAUGGUGAAGCGUUGCCGACAACUGGAGAGCAUGCAACUAGAGUGUCACCGCAAAAUGGAGGAGACUGGCCGUGAACUUUCCUCCUGUCAGCUCCUCAUCUCACAGCAUGAGGCAAAGAUCCGUUCUCUCACUGAGUACAUGCAGAAUGUGGAGCAGAAGAAGAGACAGCUAGAGGAUAGCUAUGAUGCUCUAAGUGAAGAACUGUCCCUCUUACAGAAUCCAGAAUCUCAAGAUGGAGCAGAAAGGCCAGAGACAGGGGAAUCGGAUGAAAAGAAGGCAGUUCACAGAGCUUCAGGCCAUCGUGAACCUCGCCACACUCAACUCAGCCAACUGCGGGAUGAGAUCAACGAAAAACAGCGCCUUAUUGAUGAGCUCACUGAUAAGAACCAAGCUCUGGAGUUAGAGUUGGCCCAUGUGCGGUCUGACUUCAGUAACCUUAAGAUUCAGGAGGACACAAAAAACGCUCGUUUGGAACAGCUAUCAUUUCAGCAGGAGAGGCACGAGCAGUCAAAACAAGAUCUCAAGGGCCUGGAGGAGACCGUUGCCCGUGAACUCCAGACCCUCCAUAAUCUGCGCAAGCUGUUCGUUCAAGACCUCACGACUCGAGUUAAAAAAAGUUCAGAAAUUGGACCUGAUGAUAGUGGGGGGUCUAACACCCAGAAGCAGAAGAUUUCCUUUCUUGAAAACAACCUGGACCAGCUUACAAAGGUUCACAAACAGCUGGUACGUGAUAAUGCAGACCUGCGCUGUGAGCUUCCGAAACUGGAGAAGCGUCUUCGCUCUACGGCUGAGCGCGUUCGGGCACUUGAGACGGCACUAAAGGACGCCAAACAGGGUGCCAUGAAUGAUCGGCGCCGCUACCAGCAGGAGGUGGAACGUAUUAGGGAUGCCAUGCGAAUGCGCAGUGCUCUACGCCGCCCACACACUGCUCAGAUUGCAAAGCCAGUGAGGCCUGGGAACUAUGGCACCGUCACGUCACCUACCACCUCUCUCUCCAUGCGAGCCAGUGAGCCUGCAACAUCAUUCAGUAAUGUCCUGUUUCAGAGAGAGGAAAAGCCUGUUCCCCAGAAAACCAAUGUAGUUGGCUACAGCACUGUGAGAUCUAUAGACAUACUCAGCUCCUACCCACUAGAUGUGGAAAAUGGUAACAGCCCAGACAUUAAUGACAACAGGAGUGAUGCACACUGUGGCAGUAUUGUGGAACCAUCCAGACAUUAUAUCAUGCAGCCAGAGGCUGCAGCCAGUUAAUCACCUUAUACAGAUUCCAGUUUCCUGCAUGCUGUCAGCUUUCUUUGUCUAUUCUGAACUUGCAGAAUUCUCAGACUUUCUUGUUCUGUCCUGUCUUUACUGUAUAUCAUUGAGUGGUUCCUCACUAUGUUAGUCAUUAUUUCCAUCCUGCACUCGUAUAAUCCUACCUUGUAUAUUUCAUAGCAAUGCUGCAUGUUUGUCCUGUAUAGUUUAAAAACAGAGCAUAAUUUAUAUCUUGAGACACACAAAUAAUUUCCUGAAGCAUUAAUACAUGCAAAAGAAUAAGAAAAUGUGAUACAUGUUUUAACUUCCUAAAGCCUUUUUAGAGAAAGUAUAUGAAAGCCUUUGGUAAUUCUGGACCAUAGUCACAAAUAUACAUUGCAGCCUCUGGAGAAUCUACUAGUCUUUUGCUGAGCCUUAAACUAGACAGCUUACCACACCUCACACUUUUCAAGCCAAUCAUAUGUGUGCUCAAGUGCAAAUCUCUAUAUUAUUGAUAGAACAAUGCAGGUGUGAUUGUAUUGGUGUGUACAUUUUAACACACAUGCUAUGUCCAUGUACUGACUACCUCCAGAUAUUCUAACAUCAUGUAAAUGCUGUAAACCAGUUGAGUUGUUAAUCAUAUCAAAGUCAGGAGGUUAAUGGGAAAAUCUUUAAAACUUUCUAUGAAACAUAGAAUCAGCCACAAACUUUAUCAGCUUUUCUAGAUUGUUUGUGUUGAGCUUGGUAGCCACUGGUUCUUCCAGUGUUGUGGGAAGUUACAUGGUACUCCAACUACUUAUGAGGGGUUCUCUUUCUCUUUGGACAACCUGAUCAGCCAGUCAGGAUAAGAGAAAGCAUGAACUGUAUUUAGCUAGUUUUUGGACAUCAUACAUAAGGGCUUAAUGUUGUGUGUUUAUAAAGCUUGUGCUAACCCAGUGUGUGUAUGUGUGAGUGUGAGUGCACUAAUUCACAAUUGCUUCAAUGAAACUUGAGGUUCUGAUUAAUAUCCAUCUUUAAUCGCUAUCAUUUUCUGGCCCAUUACCAUCUCCCUCUUUUCCUUCUCUUCUGCACCAUUUCCCCUUAAUCGUCUACAUUAGUUAGAUCUGUGCAUACUUCAGAAUGCAUCUCACUUAUACAUAUAAUUUUCCGGAAGAAUAUUUGUAAAUGAGAAGUGUUCAUCUUGCUGUUCUACAAUGAUAUUGGAAAUAGCGAAGCAAAAUGUUACAAUACAAAAAAAAGAUUAGUAUUAGUAAUAUGAAUCACAAUCUUUUCCUAAGUACUAAUCCAGAAAUUGUUCUUACCCAAAUUCUUAGUGUAACCAUACACUACAGAGCUACUCCUUAGUAGUGAACGACUGAACUUGAGACCUAUACAUUACUCAUGUCUUAUGUUCAGCUCAAAGAGUGUACAGUAAUGCAGUUUAUGUAGUUUGUUGGUUACCACUUGCAAGAAAUAAAUGUUCA